UCAGGCAGGGUUUGGUUGCGAGGACGGCGGCGAGGCUGCAGCCCGAGGCGGGGCCCCAGAGGGGAAAAGCUGGCUUGGGCCCGCGCGAGCAGCUCUCUAGCUCUUCUCCCUUGUCCUGUGCCCACUGCCAUGUGGACCGCCCUGAGGCUGGCCCUGCGGCCGUGCCCCCGCGCAGCUGCUCCCGGACCGCGCUGCUAUCACGGGGACGCGGUGGCCACCCUGGGCACCCAGCCGGACGCGGCAUCUGCCGUCUAUCAGGAAAACUAUGAACAGAUGAAAGCACUAGUGAAUCAACUCCAUGAGCGAACACAGACUAUAAAACUAGGAGGUGGUAAGAAAGCUACAGCACUUCACUUGUCAAGAGGCAAACUCUUACCCAGACAAAGAGUGGAUGGGCUUCUAGACCCAGGGUCUCCAUUUCUGGAAUUAUCCCAGUUUGCAGGUUACCAGCUGUAUGGGAAUGAAGAGGUCCCGGCAGGCGGCAUUAUCACAGGCAUCGGGAGGGUGUCGGGAGUAGAAUGCAUGGUUGUUGCCAACGAUGCCACUGUCAAAGGAGGUACCUACUACCCAGUGACUGUGAAAAAGCAUCUACGUGCACAAGAAAUUGCACUGCAAAACAGGCUCCCCUGCAUCUACUUAGUUGAUUCAGGAGGGGCAAACUUACCUCGACAAGCAGAAGUAUUUGCAGAUCGAGAGCACUUCGGUCGCAUAUUCUAUAAUCAGGCAAUUAUGUCUUCUAAAAAUAUUACCCAGAUAGCUGUGGUCAUGGGCUCCUGUACAGCAGGAGGUGCUUACGUGCCUGCAAUGGCUGAUGAAAACAUCAUUGUGCGCAAACAGGGCACCAUUUUCUUGGCAGGGCCCCCAUUGGUCAAAGCAGCAACUGGAGAAGAAGUGUCAGCUGAGGACCUCGGAGGUGCUGAUCUUCAUUGCAGAAAAUCUGGGGUAACGGACUACUAUGCAUUGGAUGAUAAUCAUGCCCUUCACUUAACUAGGAAGAUUGUGAGGAACCUAAAUUACCAGAAGAAGUUGGAUGUAACCAUUGAGCCUUCUGAAGAACCUUUAUUUCCUGCUGAUGAAUUGUAUGGAAUAGUUGGUGUGAACCUUAAAAGGACCUUUGAUGUCCGAGAGGUCAUUGCUAGAAUUGUGGAUGGAAGCAGAUUCAGUGAAUUCAAAGCCUUGUAUGGAGACACAAUAGUUACAGGAUUUGCUAGAAUAUUUGGAUAUCCAGUAGGUAUCAUUGGAAAUAAUGGAGUUCUCUUUUCUGAAUCUUCAAAGAAGGGGGCUCACUUCGUCCAGUUAUGCUGCCAGAGGAAUAUUCCUCUGCUCUUCCUUCAAAACAUUACCGGAUUUAUGGUUGGUAGAGAGUAUGAAGCUGAAGGAAUUGCCAAGGAUGGAGCCAAGAUGGUGGCUGCAGUAGCCUGUGCCAACGUGCCCAAGAUAACUGUCAUCAUUGGGGGGUCCUAUGGGGCAGGCAACUAUGGGAUGUGUGGUAGAGCCUAUAGCCCAAGAUUUCUCUACAUGUGGCCAAAUGCUCGGAUCUCCGUGAUGGGAGGAGAGCAGGCAGCCAAUGUGCUGUCCACAGUAGCAAGGGACCAAAGAGCAAGGGAAGGGAAACAGUUCUCCAGUGCUGAAGAAGCUGCUUUAAAGGAACCCAUCAUCAAGAGAUUUGAAGAGGAAGGAAACCCUUACUAUUCCAGUGCAAGGCUGUGGGAUGAUGGGAUUAUUGAUCCAGCAGAAACCAGAAUGGUCCUGGGUCUCAGUCUUAGUGCUGCCCUCAAUGCACCAAUCCAGAAGACCAACUUUGGCAUCUUGAGGAUGUAACUGGAAUAGCAAGCGUCUUUCACUGGCCAUGUGCCCAAAAUUAAUACAUGAGUAGCCUUAAGAUUUUAGACUUUUCAACAUGUAGUUGUUACAGUAAAAUUGUUUCCUCAACAUGAUACAUUGUACUUUCCUAAUGGAAAAAAAAAAUCAGUGAAGAUAUUUAUUUGGUAAACCUCAAUUCUUUGGAGAUUUUCUCAGAAAAUUAUUUUUUGUGUGGCUCAGCUUUACUACCUUGUAAAUUCCAGGUAUUACUGAGGUUAUGAAAAUAUAAAAUUGUAUUUCUAUUGAAAUGAUUGCUUUGCUGAUUCUACACAAUGAUAUUUCAACACGGUAAUUUUUUAAAGUAUUAUUUUUCCCUGAAGCCACUAUCAUGUUCUCUCCUGUAAUAGUCAGGUGUUUCAUUGUCUGCAUGAUGGUUCUAUGUCCUACCCAUUCUCUGCUCACCCAAACCCUUGACAACAGCCCUCUCCAAGGUUACCACUGACCUCCAUGUUGCUGUGGGUUUCUUUGCUGAGUUUAUCUGACUUAACUCUGCAGCAUUCUAAUCACUCCAACAUUUCUUCCUAGAAAUGCUGUGCUUCGUGUCCGUGCUCUGACCCCUCAGGUUUUUUACCGACUUCUCAAGCCAUUCUUAUGCUGCUACUUUGCAGGUCCCUAUGCCUCCACUGACCCCUGUCUCCCACCACCCCUUCACCAUUUGUCCUGAGUUUUCAUUAGUAAUUCAUGAAUACAUUCUCAUUCUAGGAGAUCCAAAUAACAAAAGUAUUUCUUCAUUUGUUUAAAUUGUGGCAAAAUAUAUGUAAUAGAAUUUGCCAUUUUCACCACUCUAAUUGUACAGUUCUGGUCAUUAAGUAGACACAUUCUCACUUCUGUGCAGCUAUUACCACCCUCCAUCUGCAGAACUUUUCUUCAUCCCACCCUGAAACUUGUACCCACUGAAUACCCCAUAGUCCUCCCCGCCCCCAGCCCUGGCACAGCACAUUCUUGAAUGUGUGUGUUUCUCAUGGCCUGGUUUAUUCCUGUUGGGCCAUUUCAGCCUUUCUGGCUUCAGUUGCUGGAAGGCAGGUGAUUCUUGUACUGACAGUUCCUAACAACGUUCUCCCCUGAGCCCCAGGCCUGCGUGUGUGACAUGUCUACUGAGGGUCUGCAUGGCUUGUCUAACAGGAAUUUUAAGUUCAGUCAUCAAUUCUGUUGAUUUUGCUUCCUAUUCUUAAAUUCCCUCACUAUUUUUGUCUUUCGGGCCUUAGUGUCACCUAGUUCAGUCUGUCCAUCACUCUGGAAUUAAGAUUACCUUCCUAAAGUGCACAUCUGGCUAUGCUCUUCUCUUGUUGAAAUCUUUUAAACAUUUAAAAAUGUUUCCUUAUGGAAGAACCCAGCCCCUGUGCCCUCCAGGAUCUUGACCUCCAGCCUCUUCUUCUCAUAUGCCAUGCUCAAUUAUUCUAGAUUUAUUUGAGUUCCUAGAACCUACUAUGACUUUCCCACCUGAGGGCUGCCAUCACCCUCUGCCUAAACUCUAUAGCUCUUCCUAUUUCUUAAAACACUUAGCUUUUUGUGUCUCUGACUUCCCUGAACUGGAUUAGACACUACUGUGCGCUGUUACAAAUUGCCAUCUACUUCGUCUGUCACAUAGUCAUCACUUUACUGUACACAUUUCUUUAAUAUUUCCUCCCUCCUGAAGAAUGUACGCUCCAUGAGAGCAGGGGUCCUCCUGUUUACCCUGUAUCUCCAAAGCUUGGCAAUUUUAGGUGCUCAAAGCUUUGUUGAGUGAAUGAAAAAAAUGCAUAUUGUAAUUGAUAUCCUCAGGCCAUGUAGUUUUAAAAUAAGUGAUUCAUGAUAUAAUCAAAUACAACUAUCAGAUGAUUUCCUAAUAAAAUUAAUAUU